AUGGCGGAGGCGGAGGCGACGCCUGGCAACACACCGAACGGGAAGCUGCAGCCUGUCUUGGCCAAUGAAGUGUGCGGCUCGGAGGAACAUCAGCAGGAGGCGUCGGCGGCCCAUCUCUUUGAAGCAAACAUGCGUUUGAAGGCAAGAUGUUCGCAGCUGCAGGAUCAGUUGGAGGGGCUGAAGCGUCAGUUACUUGCAGAGAGGAGUGCUCGGCAGGGGCUGGAUGCUGAGCUGAGCGAAGUGAAGGAACGACUGCGGCGCACAAAGGACGUUGUGGACCAACAGAAGAGGGAGUAUAGCGAGGUCUCCUUGCGACUGUGUGCUGUGACGGCGGAACGGGACGAGCUGGAGGUGAAGGUGGGCGAGGUGUGGCGCAGCAUGGCCGCCGUGGAGGAAGCCAUGCGCGCCAAGGAAGCAGAAAACAAGGCGCUACGGGAAGCGUUUGAUAACGAGCAAAAGGAGCGGGGUGCUCAGGAGGUACUGAUGAACGCCAUGGUCACCCAAAUGGCCACGCUAGAGCGGCAGGUGGCGGCUGGCGAGGGCGCCGAAGCACGGCAUCGGCGGCUCAGCGAGGAUGCACUUCGUGGCGUGAAGGAGGAGGUGCAACGCGUCGCGCUCCGUCUAGAAAGUCUUGCGGACGCCUACUCUGCCCCCUCACUAGAGCGAGACAUGGAGCAAAGAGUGUCGUGGCUGCUUGGGGGCGACGGCGAUUCUGAGCGCGAUGCGACUCCUUCCGCAGGCGAGGAUGACGGGGUCGGCGCGGCCGGCGACGGACUCAACACGUCGGACUCUGAAGGGCGAACACGAGGUGAGCCGCGCCAAAGGCAGACCACGCAGCUGGUGGGCCCCAUCUACCAGGCGCUGCGGCACCUUCACCAGCAGCUGCGGCGCCAAUACGAGGAGAGGCGGGCCGUGCAACGCGAGCGUCAUCUUCUUGAGUCCCACAUUGUGGCGCUGAAGGAGGAACUGCACCACCUGGGGAGCGAUGGGGACGAUGUACGGGAGCGGUUGCUCAGGAGUGAGGCGCAAAGGGCGCAGAUGGCGGAGACGUUAGAGAAUACGCGACAGGCGCAGGAGUACGAGGCGGUGCAGGUGGCGGAGACACGCCGCAAAUUUGCCUCCCUGCUUCGAUGCGUCGGUGAUUGGUGCGUCAUCGAGCAGCAUAUCGUUGACCUCGUUAAGGAGGUAAAGCAGCUGCGUUCCGACGUCGAAAAAGGGCGUCGGACGCACAAGGCGUACGUGGCAGAGAAAGAAAGUGAAAUGGAUGCCAUGAUGGACAUGCAUCAGCGUGAGACGAAUGAACAGAAGCGGCAACUGGAACAGGUCCGGCAUGAAUGCGAAAGAUUCAAGCGAGCGGCUGCGUCUGCUGCGUCUGCUGCGUCUGCUGCUUCUGCUUCUGCUAGUGAAGCUAGUGGUGUGGGUGCGGGUGCUUCAGCGGAGCUGCAGCGUGGGCACGAGAACUUCAAGGUGAGGUACCGAGAGCUGUUGCGUUACAUGGAGGAGGAGCUGGAGCCUCUGGUGGCUGAGCAGGCUAAGGCGCUGCAGAAGGAGAGACAACACGUAGACGAACUGCGACGCGCCAAUGACGCACUGCAGCUCGAGGUGAAGAUGCGUGCUGGCGCGGGCGAGGUCGGUGGAGGUAGACUGACUCUUUUUGAGGCGCUUGUUCUCACCCUCCGUGUUCUCUCUGGUGCCAUGGCAGAGGUACGGGAGAUGGCGCAGCAGCGCAGAGCCUUGACGCGCUAUGUUCUUGCCUAUGAGCAGAUGUUUGGUGCUUUGAACGUCUGUGGCGACUGCAUCGGUCUGCGCCCGGUGUUGCGUGUACGCAAAGCAGUAGUGGCGGUGCUGGCUGUCCAACGGCUAAUCGCACUGCGCAAGUCGGCGUGGCGGCGUGGUGGUGGUGGUGUCAUCCCGUCCGGGGAACGAGGCGCUGCACGCAUUCGUUUGCCGCCAGAGACGUGUUGCUUGGUACGCGGAGGGCUUAUUCGUCUACCGCCGGUGGGAAGCGAUGACGCAGCGGGGGACUUCCUGGGUGAGGAGGGGGGCGCAACAGGAGGGGAAGGGAGCGACGUUGCCUUUGUGGAAGAGCGGGACUUGCUUCUUCCUGCCAUGCCCCACACGACCAGGGCCACCUCGCCGGCGGAAGCGUCCGCGCAGGGCUGUGCGCUGCGCAGCUUCAUGGGCGCGCUACUCUCCUUUGUGACGCUCCCGUCGGCGAUGUGGCCGCCGCGUGACGCGCGGGAACCCUUGUGGCGGCGGCUGGCAAGUGGGCUGCGCUCGCUGCAGUGCACGCCAGGGCAAUUUGAGCGUCGACGUGCGUCUGACAAGCCACACGCUUUGUUGCACCUGCCGCCGCGAGCACCGGUGCGGUCACAAGUCGCGUUAUCGUGGGGAGAGUCAGUGCCGCGGCCUCCGCAGUCUGCCGGUGCGACGGUGACACAGCGGUUGCCACCGUGCAACCUCGGGAGCGCAGGCGCCGCAGCCGCCUAUCCAGCCCCGCAACCCGCAGUUCAUCACACAGAGGACACGCUGAGCCUCGAGGAGGCUCUUCGUCACUCCUUAUUGCGCGACGAACAGUUCAGCAGUGACGUGCAGGAAGUUGAAGCAGGGAGUGGGUUUGCCUCUGAGGUGCUAAACGUCAUUCGUGCACUCGAUCAGCGUGUGGUGGGGGCUUUGGAGCGGCACGUGCGGCCAGCCGAGCGUCCCCCGCAUCCGUGA